AGUUAAAAUAUUGUUUAAUUUCCUACUUGUCUUAUGAAUAAUUUCUUUCUCUGCAGAUCUACCAGUGAUGCAGCACUUCUAUCUGGGUCAGCCGCCUACAGCCCCGCCCCCCAUUUCCUUGGAGGCCCUGUCCACUCCUUCCCCUUCCUCUUCAGAUGUACACACCCCUUUUUUAUGCAGCUCGUGCUUAUCAUGUGCACCACUUCCCUCCUUUUUUUCCUGCCUAUCCAGCACAUGCAUUUACGUGUAUGUACUUUAACUACAAAAUACGGUUAGAUUAUCAUAAUAGAGCACAAUGCAAUGAUCCAUGGUCACUUGACAGACAUUUUUCACAAAUCAAAUUUGACGCCAUCAUUGGCCUUCUCUAGCAGCGGUACGUAAUUACGACGAGCUCCACCCCCUGAUGCUUUGACUGACAACUCCGCUGCUUGAGGGCGGGGCGUCCGGUCACGCUCUCGCCAUGCAAAUGAGGCAGCUUCGUGCCCAUGUGGCCCAGCACCAUGCUUGUUGUUCUGCUCGCUGAUUGGCUGUCAGCCGCCAUGGCAGCCUUCACGCGCUGCGGCCGAGCGGCGUCAUACAAAAUCCGGAAGUCGGCUUGCGUGGACUGGAGCGUCUCGUCAUCACCUUUAUAGACCAGAACAACAGAACAAGACCCCAUCUUGUCUACUGAGAUUUCAACAACGUUUAUAUGUGUGGAUAAGGCUAGAAGGUUCUCGAUUAAGUGACUUUCAGUGGUUUACAGGCUUAAUAAGCGAUGAACCACAGAUGCAAGUUUAGCUCCGUGUCUUCCAGAAGCCGUAGUAAGAAGGCGUGGUUGGAAUGCGAGAGGGGCGUGGCUUAACGAGAACACCACUAUCCUUGUUGUGUGUAUUCCUGCUCGCAUCGCCAUCUUGUUGCUAUCCCGUUUUUUAACCUAUGUGAGGAUCCUCGUUCUGACGGCCCGGAUUUCCGAAUUAGCCGCCCGAUCCGAGGGAUCCACGGGGACCUAGAGGCUCGAGCGUGUGGCAGUGAAAACCGUGCACGCGCACUUCCCACCGGGACACUAACGACCCCCCCCCCCCCCCCACUCGGCCCUUUUCCGCCCUCCGUCCCGGGGGCUACCGGCUCGGCCGCACCAUGAGCAUCGACACGCUACUGGAGGCGGCCAGAUAUCUGGAAUGGCAAGCCCAACAGCAGCUCACACACGAGGAAGAGCAGCGCAAAGAGAAGGCGCUCAUCAACAAGGAAGCAGAGUUAAGACACGUGGAGCUUGUGACGUCAUUGUCGCAGCCAAUCAGAGCCAACCAUGUCAACUGGGUUGACGACCCUCACCGGCAACAGCCGCCCCACCCACCGGCACCCCCGCCGCCCCCUCUCCCACCGCCUCAAGUGCCCAUCGCUGUCAUCCCGAUGGUCCCGGUCGUCACCACCCCCUCGGUCAUGCCCCUCCCUCUCACCACACAGAUAGCUGCUGCAGUCUCCACGCUCGCCAGUCCCCCGGCGGCCAAGACCGCUUCCUCCCCUCCCCAGCUGUCUCAGCCAACGCCCGCCUUGGCGUCCCAUCAGCUGCUGUGCGCCCCCCAGAUGAAGGUUGACACGAGUAACCAUCUGGUCAAAUGCAGCCAAUCGCAGCCUCAAGUUCACAUUCAAUACCCGCCCUCCAUCAACACCAAUGGGCCCACCACUCAACCUGCUCUAGCGCCCCAUCAAGCCCCACCUACAUCCCAGCUGAGACCCAAUGGAGUGACACUGGAAGACAUGAGGGGCAUGGAGGGAAAGAGGAGGCCUGGAGGGGCAGGAACCAGGGAGGUGCACAACAAACUGGAGAAGAACCGGCGGGCGCACCUCAAGGAGUGUUUCGAGACACUGAAGAAGAACGUCCCAAAUGUGGACGAGAAGAAAACUUCCAACCUGAGCGUCCUGCGCAGUGCUUUGCGCUACAUCCAGACGCUGAAGCGUAAGGAGAAGGAGUUUGAGCAUGAGAUGGAGCGCCUGGCGAGGGAGAAGAUCGCCACUCAGCAGCGUCUCGCCGAGCUGAAGAAUGAGCUGAGUCAGUGCAUGGACGUGAUGGAGAUCGAUCGCGUCCUGAGACAGACCAUCCAGCCGGAGGACGAUCAGGUGUCCACGUCCACUGCCUCAGAAGGAGAGGACAACCUGGAGCAGGACUUGGACGAGGAUGGUCCCGCCCCCCCUCCCCGGCUCCCUCGAGCAGCAGCCCCCAUGUUGCAAACUCAGCCGCUGAUGGCCCCUCACCUGUCCAUACAACACACUCCGCUGCCCCUCGCUGGGGUUUUGGCCACGCCCCCUUCCUCCGUCCCUCCGCCCGCUCAGGCCAUGGUGCCCAGCCUGACACCGGUCCCUCCUCCCUCUCAGCCGGGCAUUCCGACGCCAGCUGUGCAGGUGCAGCCCACCGUCAUUGCCCACGCCGCCGUGUCCCACCCAUCCGUCAUCCAGGCUGUCAGUCACGCCAUGCCGACCAAUCACAAGCACCUAACGCACAUCGCACCCUCCCCCAGCCCCGCCUCCUCCACCCCACAGCCCAUUGCGGCGGCCUCACCGGCCCACCAGCCGCUUUCCGCCCAGCCCAUCGGACACAUCACGGUCCACCCAGUGGCUCACUUGGGGGCGCCUCUCCCGUCUCGCCUUCCCACACUGUACCCACAGGGCGUCUCUGUGUCGCAGCCUGCCGUGAUGGGCCACAUCACUCACACCUUCGCCCACCACACACUGCCGCACGUGCAGGCUAAUCCUCAAACCAACGCCAUCGGCGCGCAGGUGAACAACGCCAACAUUGUCAGCCAGGGGGCGUCGUCACUAGGCAAGCCCACAGCGGUGUUGGCGCCCCACCCCCAGCUAGUUGGCCAGGCGGCUGUCCUCAACCCCGUCACUAUGGUCACAGUCCCAACCUUCCCCGUCAGCACAAUCAAGCUCGCCUGAACGAGGACAGGGACUUCUAGGAGGCAGUCAAGAUGUCAGCCCCACCCCUCCUAUCCCUCCAAGCAGCACUAACAAGCCCCGCCCAUCCCCUCAGUGGACCAUCAGGUGACAUCACACCAUGAUGUCACUCAUCAUGAACCAGGAAGCAGCAGGCUGGAAGGCCAGUCAGGCCAUUUCAGACGUGAGAGCGCUCUCUGCUGAACACAACCCCACCUACCUGCACAGGUAAGCAGCUGGAGUGAUGAAAGAAUAUCCACAAAGCUUCUGGAGGAUGAACAAUGCUGCCAAUGCCCAACUCCCAAAAAUCUUUAUUUUUUUCUUUACAAUUUCAAAAUGCUUGAAUGGAAGCCACGCCCACUUCUGUGUGUGUGUGUGAGUGUGUGUGUGUGUGUGUGGCUGCAGCCUGUUUCUGCUUGUUGGUUGCAUGCGCCUCCAUAUUUCUUAAACACUGUGACAAUAAUGAGUGAUUGAAAAAGACAAAUGUUUUCAGUUUCCCAUAUUUUUCCUUGUUUGGACUGAAAUCAAGUGGAAAUAGAAGUUCAAAAACAAGAUGUUGCUCUUUUCUUGCUAACCUAAUGUCUAAUAUUAAGUUUUGUAAUGUAUGUAUGAACUUUUUUUGUUAAAUAUGAUCGUAUGCACGCUGGGGCGUUUGAGUGUAUGUACUUUUUAUUAUUAAUGCUUGUUUCUUUUUAGUUGUUGUGCAUGUAGAUUGUUUCUGUGCGGGACCAUGUAGAAUACUGUAAAACGUGGGUGGGAUCUUGGACCUCAUGCUAUAUUGAUAUUAUAUAUUAAUAUAAAUAGUGUUUUCCCUAUGGAGAAAGUAUUAAGUUAUAUAAGGCCUGUGCACUGUGGGCUGCCUUUUAGGUCCAACUGUCCACUCUAAGACAUAACAAUGAUAAAAAAAUAUAAAUGAUGAUUUAUGCUGGUGAAAUAAUAAAGAUUCUUAAUAAAUCUUAUUACAUUUACAACAUUUCUGUUU